AUGCACCUCGGCGGCAGCUUCCCGUGCGAGCUGUGCGGCAGGGUGUACGGCACGCAUCAGAAGCUGAAUGGGGGCCACGUGGACACGGUGCACAGGCUGCUGCAAAAGCGCUUUCAAGUGCCCAAAGUGGUGGCCCGAGCGCUUCUCCGAGUACUUCAGGCGGCAGAAGCACCUGGUCGAGCGCCACGGCGUGGCCCCCCUGCAGUACAAGUGCAACGUGUGCGACAAGUCCUUCGAUCG